AUGGCCCUCUCAACCAUCUCCUUUACUUACGUCCUCUACGGAGGCGUGACUCUCAUUGUUGCUCGAGUCCUUUACGAGUUCUUCCUUUCACCCCUCAAGCACAUUCCAGGCCCCUUCCUGGCCAAGUUUACAGACUUUUACCGUGCCGGUCUCACCACCCGGGGCCAUGUCGACAGCACCACACGUGGAUGGCACAAGAAAUGGGGCUCUGCCGUGCGUGUCGGCCCCAAUGCCAUUAGUAUCAGUGAUCCAGACUUGAUCCGGGUCAUCUACACGACUAAGAACCCAUGGCGCAAGAGCAACAUGUACCGCCCCAAUGACGUCGUUAUCAAUGGCCAGCGCAUCCAAAAUAUCUUCAACACAGCAGACAAGAACUUCCAUGCCAAGUACACCAAGCCAAUUGGAGGCUUCUGGACACUCACCAAGAUCCUUGACCUCGAGCCUGUCAUGGAUGAGACCCUCAGUGAACUCGUCGGACAUCUUGACAGGCGUUUUGCCAACACGGGUGAUGUUUGCAAGAUGGAUGACUGGGUCGCUUACUAUGCCUGGGAUGCUGCCGCGAACAUCAGCUUUGGACGCCAUUACAGCUUCAUGGAAGAGGGAGGUGAUGUUGGUGGUAUUAUCGCCGAGAGCACGGCAGGUCUCAAGUACUUUGCACCCGUUAGCCAGAUCCCAUGGCUUGAUGAGUGGCUGGACAAGAACCCCGUUUGGCGAAUUGGUCCCCGUCCUCUGGUCAACGGCUUUGUGUAUACCGUCAAGAUCCUCACCGAGUACCAACAGCAGGUCGCUUCUGGUGCAGCCAAGCGCAAGCCAGUAGACUUAUUCAUCGACAAGUACAACAGCCUUAAGGAUACACACGACUUUGUCGACGACAACCAGGUCAUCAACUGGCUGAUGCUAAACGUUCUUGCCGGUGGCGACUCUACAGCUGGUGCCAUGCGCUCAGUGGCUUAUCACGUCGUCAAGGACCCCGCCGUUUACAAGAAACUGAUCGCAGAGAUUGAGUCUGCCAAUCUGUCUCUUCCCGUGCCCCAGUGGAAGGAGAUCAGCAAGUUGACGUACUUUGAUGCUGUCAUGCGAGAGUCUAUGCGCAUUGCCCCUGCUGUUGGCCUUAUGCUUGAGCGAGAGGUACCUGAGGGUGGUUUCGAGCUUCCAGAUGGCCGCUUCAUCCCCGCCAACACCAAGGUCGGUAUCAACCCAUGUGUUGUCACCCGUGACGCUGGUGUUUUUGGUGACGAUGUUGACACAUUCCGACCUGAGCGAUGGUUACGAAGAGACGAUGAGACAGAGGAUGAAUACACUCAACGAUUCCGACGCAUGCAUGAGUGUACCGAGCUUAUGUUUGGUCACGGUACGCGGGUGUGUAUGGGCAAGCACAUGGCCAAGAUUGAGAUGUACAAGUUGUUUGCUACAGUCUAUGCCAACUACGAUGUCAAACUUACAAGCCCUGACCAUGAGUGGAAAUAUCACAACUCUUGGUUCAUGUAUCAUAGCGAUAUUCCUUGCAUCCUUACUCCCCGCCAGCGAACAUAG